AUGUAUCAGCAAAGGAAUUUCGACAAAGGCGACCCCACUUCGACGCACCAACGCCAAUUUGAAGAGUCAGAUGACGGUAUACCAGGUUAUGGAAUCCCUCCAAACCCAACCAUGAUAAACCUCACUGGUAACCAAGACUCACGAUCAAACCUAAUGCAACAAUUUGGAAUAAACAACAAAACUGUAUCGCAGUUUUUAGUAAACAUGUUCGUCUACGUUGCUGCUAUAUUAAUUAGUUUAAAAAUAUGGGACUACAUGUCUUAUAGCAAAUGUGAUUAUUAUAAAGAUUUAUUAUUAAGAAUUGUAAGAUACCAGUCACAUAUGAAUGAUGUUAAGAUGGCCUAA